UAUAAAAGCAGCAGCCCUAGACAUUUGCUCCAACUGGCAGGCAUCUAAGACAGCAUCUUGUCAUACACAGGGUAGUGAGGUAUUUCUGUCUCUAUCAGCUGAGGCCCCAAUAACAGUGCCACCAUGAGUACCGACGCAGAGAUGGAGCAGUAUGGCCCGGCAGCCAUUUACCUCCGGAAGCCAGAAAAGGAGAGGAUUGAGGCCCAGAAUACUCCUUUUGAUGCCAAAAGUGCCUUUUUUGUGGUGGAUCCUGAUGAAAUGUAUGUCAAGUGCAAACUUGUGAAGAAGGAGGGUGGCAAAGCCACAGUUGAGACAGAUGGAGGAAAGACUGUAACAGUCAAAGAGGAUGACAUCCACCCAAGGAAUCCUCCAAAGUUUGAUAAAAUUGAGGACAUGGCCAUGAUGACCCACCUCAAUGAGCCCUGUGUGUUGUACAACCUCAAAGAGCGUUAUGCAUCCUGGAUGAUCUAUACCUAUUCAGGAUUGUUCUGCGUGGUGGUGAAUCCAUACAAGUGGCUUCCGGUGUAUGAUGCUGUUGUUGUUGGAGGAUACAGAGGCAAGAAGAGGAUUGAAGCUCCACCUCACAUCUUUUCCAUCUCUGACAAUGCCUAUCAGUUCAUGCUCACAGAUCGUGAGAACCAGUCUGUUUUGAUCACUGGAGAAUCCGGUGCUGGAAAGACUGUUAACACCAAGCGUGUCAUCCAGUACUUUGCAACAAUUGCAGCUCUGGGUGGCAAAAAGGAUCAGCCCACUGGCAAAAUGCAGGGCUCCCUUGAAGACCAAAUUGUUGCUGCCAACCCUCUGCUAGAGGCAUACGGUAAUGCCAAGACAGUCAGGAAUGACAACUCUUCCCGUUUUGGUAAAUUCAUCAGGAUCCACUUUGGCACCAGUGGAAAACUGGCCUCAGCUGAUAUUGAAACAUAUCUGCUUGAGAAGUCCCGUGUCACCUUCCAGCUGUCUGCUGAGAGGAGCUACCAUAUUUUCUAUCAGCUGAUGACAGGCCACAAGCCUGAGCUCAUUGAUGCCCUGCUGAUCACCACCAACCCCUAUGACUUCCCAAUGAUCAGCCAGGGUGAAAUCUCUGUCAAGAGUAUCAAUGAUAUUGAGGAGUUCAUUGCUACAGAUACUGCUAUUGACAUCUUGGGCUUUACUGCUGAUGAGAAGUUCAACAUCUACAAGCUCACUGGAGCUGUGAUGCAUCACGGCAACAUGAAAUUCAAGCAGAAGCAGAGAGAGGAACAAGCUGAACCUGAUGGCACUGAGGUGGCAGAUAAAAUCGCCUACCUCAUGGGUCUGAACUCAGCUGAUAUGCUGAAGGCUUUGUGCUACCCAAGAGUCAAGGUCGGAAAUGAGAUGGUCACCAAAGGUCAGACCGUCCCACAGGUCAACAAUUCUGUCAGCGCUCUGUGCAAGUCUGUCUAUGAGAAAAUGUUCUUGUGGAUGGUCAUCCGUAUCAAUGAGAUGCUGGACACAAAGCAGUCAAGAGCCUUCUUCAUUGGAGUCUUGGACAUUGCUGGAUUUGAGAUCUUUGACUACAACAGCUUGGAGCAGCUCUGCAUCAACUUCACCAAUGAGAAACUGCAGCAGUUCUUCAACCACCACAUGUUUGUCCUGGAGCAAGAGGAGUACAAGAAGGAAGGCAUUGAGUGGGAGUUGAUUGACUUCGGUAUGGACUUGGCUGCCUGCAUUGAGCUUAUUGAGAAGGGCAAUUCUUUAGAAGAGUCUAUCUAUACCAUCCAGUACAACAUCCGAUCAUUCAUGAAUGUGAAGAACUGGCCAUGGAUGAACCUGUACUUCAAGAUCAAGCCUCUGCUGAAGAGCGCUGAGACUGAGAAGGAGUUGAUGCAGAUGAAGGAGAACUAUGAGAAGAUGCAAUCAGACCUGGCUGCUGCUUUGGCCAAGAAGAAGGAACUAGAGGAGAAAAUGGUGUCCUUGCUCCAGGAGAAGAAUGACUUGCAGCUCCAAGUUGCUGCAGAAGUUGAGAGCCUUGGAGAUGCUGAGGAAAGGUGUGAAGGGCUGAUUAAGAGCAAGAUCCAGCUUGAGGCCAAACUCAAAGAGACAACUGAGAGACUGGAGGAUGAAGAGGAAAUCAAUGCUGAGCUGACUGCCAAGAAGAGGAAGCUGGAGGAUGAAUGCUCUGAGCUGAAGAAGGACAUUGAUGAUCUAGAGCUCACCUUGGCUAAAGUGGAAAAGGAGAAACAUGCCACUGAAAACAAGGUGAAAAACCUGACAGAAGAGAUGGCUACUCAGGAUGAGGCCAUUGCCAAGCUGACCAAGGAGAAGAAAGCCCUCCAAGAGGCCCAUCAGCAAACACUGGAUGACCUCCAGGCAGAGGAAGACAAAGUCAACACUCUGACCAAGGCCAAGACAAAGCUGGAGCAGCAAGUGGACGAUCUUGAGGGAUCUCUGGAGCAAGAGAAGAAGCUCCGUAUGGACCUUGAGAGAGCCAAGAGAAAGCUUGAAGGAGAUCUGAAACUGGCUCAGGAAUCCAUCAUGGAUCUAGAGAAUGACAAGCAGCAGUCUGAGGAGAAGAUCAAGAAGAAGGACUUUGAAAUCAGCCAACUCCUUAGCAAGAUUGAGGAUGAACAGUCCCUUGGAGCUCAGCUGCAGAAGAAGAUCAAGGAACUCCAGGCCCGCAUUGAGGAGCUGGAAGAGGAGAUUGAGGCUGAGAGAGCUGCUAGGGCUAAAGUAGAGAAGCAGAGAGCUGACCUCUCCAGGGAGCUUGAGGAGAUCAGUGAGAGGCUUGAGGAGGCUGGUGGAGCCACAGCUGCUCAGAUUGAGAUGAACAAGAAGCGUGAGGCUGAAUUCCAGAAGCUGCGCCGUGAUCUUGAGGAAGCCACUCUGCAGCAUGAAGCUACUGCAGCAGCUCUUCGCAAGAAGCAGGCCGACAGCGUUGCUGAGCUUGGAGAGCAGAUCGACAAUCUGCAGCGUGUCAAGCAGAAGCUGGAGAAGGAGAAGAGCGAGUACAAGAUGGAGAUUGAUGAUCUGUCCAGCAACAUGGAGGCUGUUGCCAAGGCAAAGGGCAACUUGGAGAAAAUGUGCAGGACUCUUGAGGACCAACUGAGUGAAAUCAAAGCUAAGAAUGAUGAGAAUGUCCGCCAGCUGAAUGACAUUAAUGCACAGAAAGCAAGACUCCAGACAGAGAAUGGUGAAUUUGGUCGCCAGCUUGAGGAGAAAGAAGCUCUUGUUUCUCAGCUGACAAGAGGCAAGCAGGCUUUCACUCAGCAGAUUGAGGAGCUCAAGAGACAAAUUGAGGAGGAAGUCAAGGCCAAGAACGCCCUGGCCCAUGCUGUUCAGUCAGCCCGCCAUGACUGUGAUCUGCUCAGAGAGCAGUUUGAGGAAGAGCAGGAGGCCAAGGCUGAGCUGCAGAGAGGCAUGUCUAAGGCUAACAGUGAGGUGGCUCAGUGGAGAUCCAAAUAUGAGACUGAUGCCAUCCAGCGCACCGAGGAGCUGGAGGAGGCCAAGAAAAAGCUUGCCCAGCGCUUGCAGGAGGCUGAGGAGUCCAUCGAGGCUGUGAACUCCAAGUGUGCCUCUUUGGAGAAGACCAAGCAGAGGCUCCAGGGUGAAGUGGAGGACCUGAUGAUUGAUGUGGAGAGAGCCAAUUCUCUUGCUGCCAACCUCGACAAGAAGCAGAGGAACUUUGACAAAGUCCUGGCAGAGUGGAAGCAGAAGUACGAGGAGAGCCAGGCUGAGCUGGAAGGAGCCCAGAAGGAGGCCCGCUCUCUGAGCACUGAGCUGUUCAAGAUGAAGAACUCCUAUGAGGAGGCUCUGGAUCAUCUAGAGACCAUGAAGAGGGAGAACAAGAAUCUGCAGCAGGAGAUCUCAGAUCUUACGGAACAGAUUGGUGAGACUGGAAAGAACAUCCAUGAGCUGGAGAAAGCUAAAAAGACUGUGGAGACUGAGAAGGCUGAAAUUCAGGCUGCACUUGAGGAAGCUGAGGGCACUCUGGAACAUGAAGAGUCCAAGAUUCUCCGGGUCCAGCUGGAGCUCAACCAGGUCAAGAGUGAGAUUGACAGGAAGCUGGCAGAGAAGGAUGAGGAAAUGGAGCAGAUCAAGAGAAACAGCCAGAGAGUCAUUGAUUCCAUGCAGAGCACUCUGGAUUCUGAGGUCAGAAGCAGAAAUGAUGCCCUGAGAGUCAAGAAGAAGAUGGAGGGAGAUCUGAACGAGAUGGAGGUUCAGCUGAGCCAUGCCAACAGGCAGGCUGCUGAGGCCCAGAAACAACUGAGGAACGUCCAGGGACAACUCAAGGACGCACAACUGCACCUUGAUGAUGCCCUCAGGGGACAGGAGGACAUGAAGGAGCAGGUAGCCAUGGUGGAGCGCAGGAACGGACUAAUGGUGGCUGAGAUUGAGGAGCUGAGAGCUGCUCUGGAGCAGACAGAGAGAGCACGCAAAGUGGCUGAGCAGGAGUUGGUCGAUGCCAGUGAGCGUGUCGGAUUGCUUCACUCUCAGAACACCAGCCUUCUGAACACCAAGAAGAAACUCGAGGCUGAUCUGGUCCAGGUCCAGGGUGAGGUGGACGAUGCUGUUCAGGAAGCAAGAAACGCAGAGGAGAAGGCCAAGAAGGCCAUCACUGAUGCUGCCAUGAUGGCUGAGGAGCUGAAGAAGGAGCAAGACACCAGUGCGCACCUGGAGAGGAUGAAGAAGAACCUGGAGGUCACAGUCAAGGACCUGCAGCAUCGCCUGGAUGAGGCUGAGAACCUCGCCAUGAAGGGUGGCAAGAAGCAGCUCCAGAAACUGGAGCAGAGGGUGCGUGAACUGGAAAGUGAAGUUGAAGCCGAGCAGAGACGUGGAGCUGAUGCUGUAAAGGGAGUCCGCAAAUAUGAAAGGAGAGUGAAAGAGCUGACCUACCAGACUGAGGAGGACAAAAAAAAUUUGGCAAGACUACAGGACCUUGUGGACAAGCUGCAGCUUAAAGUCAAGGCUUACAAGAGACAGGCUGAGGAGGCGGAGGAGCAGGCCAACACUCACAUGUCUAGGCUCAGGAAGGUACAACAUGAGAUGGAAGAAGCUCAGGAGCGCGCUGACAUCGCUGAAUCGCAGGUCAACAAACUUCGAGCAAAGAGCCGUGACACCGGAAAGGGUGAUUCUGCUGAAUAAGAGACCCAAGCUUGGAUUUUCAACAGAGUUCAUAAAAUAUGAAAAAUCUGUUGAAUUAUUUUUUCACUUUAACAUUCAAAUAAAACAAAGCACAAUGAUAUCUGAGAAA